GUACCCACUGCGCUACCUAGGGACCAUGGUAGUUAGAUUCCUCUCAUACAGCGGCCCCUGUUGACAAGGCGAUAGCCUUUGUAAGGACAAAUGACGGACAACCGAGUCCCAAUCAACUAUCAGACGCCGGCGUUCCCAUCGCUCUAUGAUCCCUUCCCGCGACCAAAUGCCGCCGUCUACUAUCUCUACUUUACUCGCGACAUAUGGCGGUUUACGCUCUUCUGGACCCUGAUAUUCUACCUGGCAAGCCAUUUGGCGGUGGCGGCUUGGGCUUUGUCAAUGCAAGGCCGAAGCUGGAGGAUCUGUAUAGCUAUUCCACUGGUAUACGGUAUUAUAGCAGGACUAGAGGCACUUUUAGCAGGAAGUAUCAUUGGUUUAGUCCUGGGUUCUGUCUAUGAGGCUGGCAAUUUUAGGAUGUCGACGUGGAUCCCCAUGAUAUGGGGCGGCAUCAACGUGUUGGUCCUUAUCUUAUCCAGUUUUCCCAUGCAAGGCGGACUGUGAAUGGUAUGGAGUGAAGGAAUAUACUUUCGAGCUAUGCUACCUUUAGGGAUCUGAUGAUUGAAACACGCCUCAAGUUCUGGAAUUGGUACACGCAAACCGCGAUACACUGUGCAUGCAAUUUUUGCUCGCUAUCGAACGAAUCG